UACGAGCUACGUCGCCUACGUCGCGCAGUAGACGCGUGCCGUCGAGUGCGUCCCAUUGUCUAUUGAUAAAUCGUGAAUUGAUAAAUUUGUUUUUAUCAAACUGGAAUUGGCCGCGUAAAAAGAUGGCGGGAACAUCGUUUAUUAGUUGGACAUCGAGAUUGCUUCUGCUAAGUUUUCCGACCUUUAUUAUGCUCAGUGCAGCCGUAGUGACCGAGGAGACGAGACAAUGUUACUGGUGCGGUCCCCUAGCAGAGCAAGUGCAUCGCAGUCGCCGUGCUCCGGCGUGCGACGUGCCCGGCAGCCACGUGACGUCAUGCGAGCCCGGCCUGCCUUACUGCGCUGUCGUUGCCACCUCGCCGCCAUACGUGGAAUCAAGGCUCUGCGUAAAACUUUACCAAGACGAAUGUUACCCACUGUUCUGCAAUUCAACUAAAACGUGGAAAAUGACGUGUCCCUGCCGCGGAGACUUGUGCAACGGCCCCAACACCGACCGAGAGGAUGAAGCAUUCGAGAUCCUUGCAAAACUAGUCGCGAAAACACGAACUACCCGCAUCAAAAAGAGAACUGAGAUAAACACAGUAAAAUUCAUACCUUCAGGCGAUGAAAAAACUGUAAUCAUCACUAACAUAUCCGCCUUGGAAAGUAAUGAACUCAAUAAUGUACAAACAGGAGUAACAAAUGAUAAAAUAACACAAAUAAUGCUCGCGGACGAACCUGUCGUUAGUUUCCAAGAAAUUAAAGAAGACAAUAUCUUGUUAACAGACAUAACUUCAACUAGUGAUGACGCGGAUAUAAUAAGCACAGAAGCAGUGGCAGACAUAACAGACAUAACACAAGGAACGACAGAAAAAAUAACACCGAAACACGAAGCAAAUAUUCCCGAAGUAAAACAAAUUGAGAAGCGUAUUGAUGAAGUAGCUAAACCUAGUGAGCAGCUACCAACGGCAGAGGCUUUGCAACAAAACGCAAGCCCCAAAGCGGCUAGUGAAAAGACAACAACACCUACUUCAAGUAUUGAAACAACAAUUCUUACUACUACUGAUAUAGAUGGUGAAAUGACCACAGAAAGUGCUGUAACACCAAAAAACAACUCUAACAAAAUGCACCACUACUCCUUUGUAUGUUUAAGUGUAAUAGCAUAUACUUUUAAAUACAUAUAAAUCUAAUUUAUUAAUUUUAUUGUUGUACACGAAACAUUGAUCUCUGUUUUACUUUUACACUUUACGAAAGUCAUUAUUGGUAGAAUUGUGAUACUCACGUGAUAUUAGUUUAAUUAUUUCUUUAUUAUUGUCACACUGCUGUAUUUAUAAGAUCAAGUAUACAUUUUAAUAAAUGAAAUAAAAUAAA